GCAGAGCCUAUUAUGCUUGAAACGUCACCAAACGGCCCCGUAACGUUGGGUUUCAUCAGCAUACAGUGCAUCGUCCCAAUCCACCUAGCUCGCGGCAUUUUCAGCAGCGGCGCCACCAUGAACGCGUUGAUUCGGAGGUCCUCCGCUAUUGUUAGCUGCAAAUUCCACUUCUUCCACACUGCAACGUCCACAGCACCACUCAUCAACGACACUGGCCUCUACGGAUACCAUCACCUGAAAACUGCCAAAGGCUUUCAACGAUUCGCUGACGAUGCUAUCGAGAGGUCUAAAGAGCUGCUGAAUCACAUCGCUUCAAUGCUGUCGGCUUCGGAAAUCAUUCGAACAUUGGAUGAAAUAUCCGAUACUGUAUGUUCAGUGAUUGAUGCUGCAGAAUUAUGUAGAUAUACACAUCCAGACAGGGAAUUUGUUGAGGAGGCAAGCCAGGCAUCUUCCAGAGUUAACGACUUUUUACAUUACCUUAAUUCAAAUCAUAGUAUAUACAAGGCAGUUUUAAAAGCAGAACGAGAAGGCAAUUCACUUACCGAGGAAGGUAAAAGGGCAGCUCGUUUUCUACGCAUGGAUUUGGAGAAUGGUGGAAUUCAUCUUUCCCCUGAAAGACUGGAUCGAGUGAAUCAGCUCAAUAUGGAGAUUGUUCAGUUGUGUAGACAGUUUAGUACAAAUAUUGUCACUGACCCAGGUCAAGUGGAUAUAUUUCCAGCUUCACGAGUUUCUAAAACUUGGCGCCACCUUGUCAAGCCUAUCUAUCGUUUUCCACGGAGUACCUCCAAGGAAUCCAUGUGGUCUAGAGACAGCCUGAAGGAGAAGGGCUUUAGAUUGGUAACUUCACCAAACAAUUUGCAGCACGUCCUUCAAUGUGUAUCAGAUGCCGAGGUUAGGAAAAUGGCAUAUAUCCAGGGAAAUUCUGCCCCACGCGCUAAUCUUGAGGUUCUUGAUAAGCUUAUUGCUGCUCGCCACGAAUUUGCUCAGAUUCUGGGGUAUAAAUCUUAUUCUGCAUUUUCUCUACAUUCAACUAUGGCUGCAUCACCGGAAGUAGUCUUUUCCUUUUUGCACGAGAUGAGCAAAUCAGUUAGAGCCAAGGCUGACAUGGAAUUUAAGGCAAUUGAGGAGUUUAAGAGAGUGAAAAGUUGUGACCUGGGUGGAGGCUUAGAGCCAUGGGAUGAGGGAUACUUCACGUGGUUGAUGAAGUCUUCUGCAUACAACUUGAAUUCCUUGGCUGUGGCAUCAUAUUUUCCUUUAGCACGAUGUAUAGAGGGCUUAAAGGUUUUGGUUGAGUCACUAUUUGGUGUGACAUUUAGACAGAUACCCUUGGCCCCUGGUGAAUCAUGGCAUCCAGAUGUGAUAAAAAUAUUACUACAUCAUCCUAAUGAGGGUGAAUUGGGCUACUUAUACCUUGAUUUGAAAUCAAGAAAAGGUAAACAUCCCAUUUGUGCCCAUUUUGCUAUCAGAGGAGGACGUCGCAUUUCUGAGACAGAGUACCAACUUCCUAUUGUUGCUCUCAUUUGUGAUUUUUCUGGUCCAAGUUCAACAUCAGUUAUGCUUAACCAACUUGAAGUAGAAACACUUUUUCAUGAAUUCGGGCAUGCUCUUCAUUCAUUGCUCUCAAGAACGGAAUAUCAACAUUUUUCAGGGACUAGAGCUGUUCUUGAUUUUGCUGAAACACCUUCAACACUCUUUGAGCACUUUGCAUUGGAUUAUCGGGUUUUAAGGACAUUUGCUAAGCACUACUCAACUGGUGAUGUCAUACCAAAAGAAUUGGUAGAAUCAAUGCUUGGAGCGAAAAAUAUGUUUGCUGCAACAGAAUUGCAACGACAGAUUUUCUACGCUUUAGUUGAUCAAACACUUUUUGGAGAGCAGCCAUCCUCAGUCAGAGAUUCAAUAUCAAUUGUUGCUGAUCUCAAAAGACAACAUACAAGCUGGAAACAUGUGGAAGGGACGCAUUGGCACACCCGAUUUAAUCAUCUUACAAACUAUGGUGCAGGUUACUAUAGCUACUUGUAUGCAAAAUGCUUCUCAGCAACCAUUUGGGAAAAGAUAUGCCAAGAGGAUCCACUUUCACCGGCAACAGGUUCAGUUCUAAGGAUGAAGUUCCUGCAGCAUGGAGGAGCCAAAGACGCUACUAAUAUAUUGAAUGACCUUGUAGGAAACAGUAUUACAAGGCCUGCUGGUGAAGGCGUAAUACCUGAUGUCACAAGCCUCUGCAAUAUGUUGGAGCUAACCAAAUGCUAGUAGGAAGAGAUCCCCCCACUUGAUCUGCCAAGAGGGGUGGAGAAACCAGCAAUAUGUUGUCACAUAGAGGUAACUUUAGUACUUCUUAUACUGAAAACAAGAAUGCAAUUUGCACUUUCUAUAUGGUAUGCCCUUCUCUGAUUUUUUCCUACAA